UGCUCUUGCUCCAAAAGCAAACAAGACACCAGACAAGACGACAAGCAAGCUCAACAGUCGGACACCCAUCAAGCCAGCAAGCCAGCAAGCCCGCGCGCACUGACUGCACCACAGAAAGAGAGCAUGAGUGACCUCGCCCAGCCGCUGCUUGGGUGGGACGGUGGUGAUGAUGAUCAAGCUGAGUCUUCCCUUGCUGGCGAAGAAUUGGAGCUGGGCGUGACCAGAGAAGAGAGAGAAAGAGAAGGAGGACAGGGACAACAGCGAGGCUCUUCUUUUUCACGACGGACACAUGCACGCACUGCAUCCAAUGAUGACGCAACUGAGGACGAUUGGGCAGAGGUGAUCGACAUGGACCCCCAUUCUUCGCCCUCUCGCGAACGCAACAACAAGCUCGACGAACAAGAGCAGCAGAGAAGGCGCCGUCUCACAAAUCUGUUGGAUCGCCUGGAAGAUUCGUCCGGACACUCUUGGUUGCCAUUCUGGGUCGCCACUGUCCGCAGAUUUAUGCUCAGCCCCAAGCUGACAUUCAUCGUGUACGGACUUGCUUGGACCUUUGUGCUCCUCGCCUGGGUGGUCGUGGGCACAAAGGGUGGUAAACUGAAGGACGACAACUGUUUUGACGACACACUUGUGUUUGUCCAAGAUGUCUCGAAGCCCGCGGCGAUCAAGUCCACAAUCGUCAUGUCUCUGUGCUCUGCCGUCACCUUCCACCUCAUUUGGUCGCGACAGCACUUCACUGCCAAGACACCAACUCGUAUGCUGAAAGCCUUAACAGCGGGUAUGCAGCCCGGAACCUUCGCCAUCAGCUACUCAUGGAGUAAUUGGACCAAACGGAUCGCCCGAAAAUCCUUUCACUGCUUCUUUGGCGAUGUCUGCUGGAUUGACAUUCGAAACAUCCUCCCGGGCCACCGCAUUGAGGACACGUGUGCACUGGCCAUGGCUUCCGCAAAGGCCGGUGUUGUGUUUCUCUCCGACGAGUACAUUUCCUCACACAAUUGCUGUGUGGAACUGCUGAACCUCGAGCCAAAGUGUGGCCACGUGCUGGCAGCAAUGCGACCAGACUGGGUGGAUGACUUGUGGGAUCGUGACGCCAAACCUCCCAACACUGGCGUGCUGGAUCAAACAGUUGACGCUUCGUAUCUGUCUCAAUUGCUGCGGCGAACGACCACUUCCAGUGCGACACUCGUGAUCAUUGUCACUCGCAACUUCAUGUCCGCUGAUGCCAAGCUUCGAAGUCAGCUUGUGCUGAAGUUAGGGGAAUGUGGCCACUACCUCUGGUAUGAUCAGAGCAGCAUCAGCAGCAAGGAGCUCAAACAUCGCUAUGCACGAAUAUUGCUGGAGGGUUUCAUCGCCUGUGGCGCGUUCAACGAUAUCUAUCGUGAGCAACAAGUCACGCCUGCAAUCAACGAAGGGUGGCAUGGCACCGUCUCCUCCGUGCUUCGGACGGCGAGACUCCACAUCUUACAACCGCUCUUUGGGCUAGCAGCAUGUGAGUACGACACACUCAUGAGUUUCAGGUUGGUCGAACGCACUCAAAUGCCUUGUCGAUAUAAUUUGACUAUCAAAGUAUAUCCUCACUCAGCAGUGUUUCGCCUGCUUUAUUCAGUGGCUGGUGUGAUGAUACACGUCCUGUUGACUUUUGCGGUUCGAGGCGGCUUCUCUCGGAAGCAGCUGUGGUACAGCUGCAUCACAAACUGGUUUCUGCUUCCCGUUCCAGUGCUCUUCCAUUACUUUCCCAGCGUUCGCCGCUCCAUCGAUUUCGCGUCGCUGCCAGAUGCACCGCUGCUGCUUGCAAUGUUGGUUCGGCUUGGAAUCGCGAACAAGCUGGGCGUGUACAGACAGUCGCACCUCACAAAGUCCAGGGAACGCGCGCUGCGUACGCUUGCCUACUACGAUGUGAUUGAACUGGUUGACACUCCAGAGGAGGCCGACUUCUCUCUCAUCUGUCUCGAUACGCCAACAUCAAGUCCUGGCAAAAUCCCGACGCGGCUCAGCUUCUUUGCAAAGGGUCGGCGAAUCGCUGAUAUGAACGUACCGGAGACGCUGGACACCUCGGGAGCAACACUGUAUUGGACCCGACACACCAUCGAAGAACUCAAGGUUCUUGUUCCAAACGCAUCGACAGCAAUGAUCAAGUGUGCCCCGACCGAUACUCGUUUUCUAGAGCAGGACGUGACACCAGGCUUGGAUACCAUCUUUGUGCAGAUGCUGAAGCGGUCGCUUGGCCUUGAUGUGACGGCGCGUGUCACUGCUGGUCGCCGCAACUUCAAAGACAUUGACUUUGAUGACGUGCAAAACGCUUCGCUGUGCACCAAGAUUAUCAAGUUCUUCUGGGCCUGAAACAAGAUUGACGACGGCAAUGCUGAAGGAAAUCAACCCUGCGACGUGGCUCCGUUGGGAUGUCUUUCGUUCUCUUGUGGGUGUCUUUCGUUUCUUUCAUGUCUUUCAUUUCUUUCGUUUCUGGCAGCUGUUAUGAUGCGACGUGUGACUUCUGCUGUGUUCUUUGCUAUCGCCAUCCACCCUUUUUCAUUGCAUUCACAGAUCAGUGCCACCCACCGUCAUGCUUCUGUGUGCUCGCUUCUGCCCUUGCGUUUCACAACAUUCCACCACCAUUCGUUGAUGCCUUCUUUGCGCCCACAGGGACCUACCUGUUUCGUCCUCACGUUACCUUGCAACUCUCUUGUCACGUCACUUCGUUUCGUUCGUUCCUCCGUUCGCACUGUCCCCUUGCUCUGCUUGUGUUCCCAGCGUGUCUU